AUGGCCAAGGGCGAGAAGAAGCCGGCGGAGAAGAAGCCCGCUGAGAAGGCUCCGGCAGAGAAAACAAAGGCUGAGAAGAAGAUCCCGAAAGAUGCUACUUCUGGGGACAAGAAGAAGAAGAGGAAGGCGAAGAGCGUCGAGACCUACAAGAUUUACAUAUUCAAGGUCCUCAAGCAAGUCCAUCCUGACAUUGGGAUCUCCAGCAAAGCCAUGGGGAUCAUGAACAGUUUCAUCAACGAUAUAUUUGAGAAACUGGCUCAGGAAUCUUCUAGGCUUGCCCGCUACAAUAAGAAGCCCACCAUCACCUCCCGCGAGAUCCAGACUGCUGUCCGUCUCGUUCUCCCUGGUGAACUCGCCAAGCACGCCGUCUCUGAAGGCACUAAGGCCGUCACUAAAUUCACUAGUUCUUGA